AUGUCAUCUAUAUAUGAAGAAUCAACAUCUACAAUUUUGUCACCUUGUGAGUCAUGUAUAACUUUACAAAGCUAUAAACCUCAACAACAAUUUAAUGAACCAUUUGUUAACAAUUACAUCCUAGCUAGAACAAAUUCAGAUUUAUCAAUUAGGCAGAGUAAUAAAGAAGGUAUAAAAAAUGAAGAUUAUGAAAUUAUAAUAGUUUAUAAUCAUCAUGAUAUAAAUAUAAAAUUAAGUUCAAUAUUAUCAUUAAUUAAUACUCAUUUGACCACCACUGCACAAACCAAUAACAAAUUAACCUAUGAAGAUUUAAAUAUAAAUCAUUUAUUUCUUUAUUUAUUUUAUAAUCAAAAAAUUAUUUUUAAUUCUUUAUCAAUAUUAAUAAAUCAAUUUAAUUUAAUUCAUUUAGGUAAAUCAUUUGAAUUUAAAUUUAAUAACUCAUCUACUCAAAAAAAUUCAAAUUCAAAUACUACGAAAGAUAAACUUAUGUCCAAUUUAAAUAUAAAAACAUUUCCAAAAUUUUUAUUAAAUAUAAAAGGAACGAAUUAUCAAACUUUAGAAAACAAUAACUGUUUUCAUUUUAAAACAAAACUAGGUAAUUCAAUAAAUUAUGAAUUAAAUGAAGAAGAAAUUUUAAAUUUUUUAAAAAGAUCAAUAAAUUUUAAAGAUAAAUCAAAUGGUUCAAUUACUUAUAUUGAUUCAUUAAGAACAAGAAUAAAAAGAAGUAGUACUUUAAAUUCAAUUAAAAGUAUUAAAUCAAAUAAAUCAAGUAAUUCAACAAAUUCAACUAAUUUAAAUACAUCAACUAAUUCAAAUAAUUCAAAUAACUCAAAUAAUUCAACUAACUCAACAAAUUCAAAUAAUUCUCAAUUUUCAAAUUUAAUAACAACAAAUUCAAAUAAUUCAAAUAUAACAAUUGAAAAUUUAAAUUGUAAUAUGAAUGAUAAAUUUAUAAAAAGGAAAAAAAUUAAAAAUAAAAUUUUAAAAUGUUUUAAAAUAUUGAUAAGAAUAAAUUGA